GUGGCCGACCGUACUGCACUCUUUGAGAAGGCUUCGAAGACUGUGGACUUGACCACAUUUAUCCUCCUGACGUCGGUCGCAUUCCUCGCGGGAAUUCUCACUUGUCGCCACUGUCAACUACCAAACGCUUUGAUUGUGAGCAAGGGCUCAGCCCAAGGAGACCAUUGUUGUCUGUCGAGGCAGCAGACAGAAGAAUGGAAAGGAUGGAUGCAAAUUGUGAUUCUCUUAUACCACUACUUUGGCAUGUCGAAAAUCCUCUGGGUCUACCAGUUCGUGCGUUUGCUGGUCUCCUCUUACCUCUUCAUGAGCGGAUUUGGACACGCUACAUAUUUCGUCACCACGAACGACUUUUCCUAUCGACGAUGCGCAAGUGUGUUGUUACGAACCAAUCUACUCAACAUUAUUCUUGCUUUUGUCCUAGGGACACGGUACGACUUGUACUACUUUCCAAUGCUGACAAGCAUAUGGUUCCUUCUCGUCUGGAUCACGAUUCCUCGGACUCCAGAGUCUGGGGUAGAUGUGUACUGUUGCACCCGCAGAAUCACCCUGUCUGUUGUGGUCCUCAGACUGGCCCUUGAACGCAGAGCCUCGAUCGAGUCAUUGUUGAAUAGUCUUGGUGGCAUGCGUCUUGGCCUCCCGGAAAUCGAUGGACGCGAGUUUCUCUUCAGAUUCGGGUUGGAUGCGUACAUCGUAUAUGUCGGCAUGGUUACAGCAGUCCUCUCUGCCUGGCUGAAAGGAAGAAAGAGUCUUCCACACCACAGCCUGUCAUGGCCUCCAUUCCCUUGCCCUCGGCUGAGAUCCGCUGUGGUGGUGUCGGCUGCCGCACUUGGCAUUCCAGCAUAUGCAUGUUUUUGCCAUGCUUUCCAGGACAAGAUCCAGUACAACAAGUGGCAUCCCUUCGUCUCACCACUGCCUGUCAUAUCUUUCAUCAUUCUGCGGAACUCGACAUGCCGACUCUCAAACCAUUACAGUCGGCUCUUUGCCUGGUUUGGGCGCUGCUCCCUCGAGACUUUUGUUCUGCAAUAUCACCUAUGGCUCGCCGCCGACUCUCGUGGCGUGCUUCGUACAGGACUUUUCAGCAACUUAUCCAGGUCCGUCCACAGCAGGUAUAUGCUGGGGGUCUUGGAUACUGCUUUCAUAUUCACAACUUUUGUCGUGAUCAGUUGCAGCACCUCGAAGGCUUUGUCGGUUCUUACUAGGGUUCUGGUC